UGUUCGAAUUGUCCUAAAACCUGGUAGAAAUAUAUAACCACAUUGAAAGUCCCUUGAGCAUUUUCAAGCUGCCGCCGCCAUUGCUCAAAAAUGGCCAUAUUAGGUUGAUUUUGGGCUGUAAAACAAAGCCUUUUGUUAGCCAAAUGGACCCACUUUUCUUGAUACGUGUCCAGUUUUCACAAGGACUUGAUAAUUAAAUGUCUAUGAAAAAGACGUGUGGGACAUGUAGCUGUCUAAGGCCUGCAGCUGAUGCAAUAAAAGGAAAUUUCAAUUAUCUUUCUUGUUUUUUUGUCUUGUAGAAAGGAAGUUAAGGGAAUUUAAUUUAUACUUCUACAACUGUACUGAUGACUCUACCAGAAGAAGAUACAAGAAGUUUACCAGCAGUUGCCAUACACAGUGUAAUUUUGACUCUAUCUGCCAUUUUUUCACUCAUGGGAAACUCGCUCGUCUGUCUCGCUUUAUACCAAAACAGGAGACUGCGAACUGUUACAAAUAUCUACGUGUUGUCCUUGGCAAUAGCUGAUAUAAUGGCAUCCACUUUUGUACUUCCUUUUUCCGCAGUCGCAUCUGGUUAUCGAGCAUGGCCGUUCAAUUUCGCCUUUUGCCAAUUUAGCGGUGUCGCUACUUAUUUUUGGGGUGCAACGUCAAUAAAUAUUUUGGCGUUGACUGCUGUUAAUCGUUACAUUUGUAUCGCAAAACCUCAUCUUUAUCCUACACUGUUCACAAGGAAGAAAACGCUUUUUUCGAUCCCUUUGGUUUUGUUGCUGACACUCAAAGCAAACCUUACUUCCACACUUGCCACGCCGAUUUUAUUCCAGUGGUAUCCGCUUGAUUUAGUUUGUGAAGCAACAGGGUUGGAAAUCCGAGCUGGCAUUUCCAAAGGUAUAGUUGGAUUUGUCAGCCUUGCAAUGUCUUUAAUCAUAUUUUGUUUCGGAAGCGUGUAUCGUACCAUAAAGCGGCACAAUUCUGUAGUCAAUCCUUCUCUACAGGACAUCACCAGUCAAGUAGUAGUAAGCCCACACGAGAUUCAGGCAUCUCGGGUUCUUCUGACCACAGUUGUGGGAUUUGACGUUUGCUGGAUUCCUCUAACAGUUGUGCGGAUUCUUAAUGCAUAUGCACAUUGGCCUAUACCUUCAUAUUGGGUGCCCUAUGCCACACUGUUCGCUUUCUUCAGUUCUUGGAUCAACCCAGUGAUAUAUGGCGUCACGAACAGAACGAUGAGGAAAGAAUCCCUUAAGCUAUUACAAUGUCGAAACCAAACUUAAAGGGAUAAUUGUAAACUCCUUAUGGUGAUAUUGGUUGGAAUAUUUUGUGUGGAAAUAUUUAAAUUACUCGCCGCUACAUAUGUGUGUACAUAAUUUAUGUACACGCAUUGCUAGUGGCCGCAAUUAUCAUUGUUCCACACAUAGCGGUAAUUGCUUUUGCGUUAUCACUCUAUUCUUGCAGAAAGCAUGUUAAUCCUUUCGUGAGGGUGGCCUUGAAGAGUAAGGUGGACAAUCAUAAAUAGAAGUAAACUGUUCAGAACUGACCUAUCAAGUUGGGUCGGGGGCAGGGAGACUCAGAUAGAGAAACACCCACUUUGAAGAUAGACUGACUGGUGGCAAGAGGGUGGGAAUGUAGUCAUUUAAACACUUCAGCUAUGUUCGAUUCUCCAGAUAAGCACAGAAGGGUCUAUAAUUAAUAUUAGUUCUCAUAGGAUUAAUGUCAGGAAUCGGGAUUUCUUGUAUAACGUGUAUGGAACACCCAGCUAGCAGUGCAAAGCAAAUUUGUCAGCUAACUUUGAUAGAAGGGUAUGGUUUGAGAAGAGUACAUAAAUUGACCUAGUUGUACAGGAUUUACAUCGUGCAGCUUUAAAAUGAUGGGAUCAUUGACAAUUUUGCCAAUGCGGACAUUGAAACGAGACUGCAAAAUCAAGAUUUGAGAGAUUUUUUAACUAAAAGAUUGUAUC